GAGGUGCUAUCCACGGUCAAACCUAUGCGGUGUGAUGAAUAUAUCAAAAAGGGAAUGAUCGAGCUUGCAUCUGCUAUAUAUUCGGCCUUGAAGACAUCGCCAGAUCGGCUCCCCGGUAUUCCUACUAUUGACGAUUGCACCCGGGUGAAGCUGCGCUGUGCACUGCGCAGCGCUGACGGUUAUCAUCAUUUUGUCGACGAUCAAUAUAGGGGGUGCCGUAUUAGGUCACUAGAAGUUUUGGAGGACCGGGCUACUGCUCAAGUCGAGGUUGAAGACGAUCCUGAGUUGAGACAGAUAUCCAUGCCGGUUGAGCAGUUACCAACGCUUGUGGAAAGCCUAUAUGACGAAGCGGCGGAGGGUUCAGAACGGGCAGCUGUGGAGCUGUGGCACACUUUUGGAUCGGUAGGCAAGCCUUCCGGCAGAAUUUCUUAGGUUCAUAGUCAACGCCUCGGCUACUGGGACGGAGAAGUACAUGUGAGUGUGACCAGUCGUCGCACGAAAGUCAGGCAGCUAUCGCGCGAGGUCAGCCGGCCGCCUCGCCGCGACCGCCAGCCAGGUCCGGCGAGGUCUAGAUAGUGUUCGCCCGAUAAAGGGAGCCAAAUAGGAGCCGCUGCACGUUGACCAAUCUCUAGGGGCGUUGGUUUGCCGUCAUCGUG